UCAAUGGAGAUGAGAUCAAAACAAAACAACUAAAAAAAUAGAUACGAAACGAAAUAUAAUACGCAAAUACAAGCAGAACAAAACAAGAUAUAGAACAACAACAACAGCAACAACUCAAGUCAAAACAAAACAAAAUUGCUUGCUUGUAUUUACUCUGACGUCUCUGGGCGCACAACACACAAACAGAGCAGAGCAGAGAUACAAUAGAGAAAUAGAGAAUUGAGUACAUAGAAGAAACACACAAAAAAAAAAAAACGAACGAACAAAAUCAAACAAAAGAAAUAUAAACAUUUUAAAAAGUUGAUUGUUUUUUAGUUCAGCAGUUGAAAAAGUGCAGUUGAAAAGUGAAGUUUAUUAAAUAGAGAAAUCUACAAUAAACGUAAACGAAAAGCAAUUAGCAAUUGAAGAAGUUCUGUGAGAGCUGAGAAAUUAAAAAUUAUUGCAAAAUUGUAAUAAAAAUAAAGAAAGUAUAACGAGAAAUAUAGCAAAGCUAAUCGAAGCAUUAUUGUGAAAUCUGUUGAGGCAAUUUGAAAUUGAAAGUAAUACAAAAAAAGAAAAGUGUCCAGCAGGAAGAAGAACCAACAAUGUCUUCGAGCAAUACCAACGCAACUUCAUCAUUAUCAUUGUCCUCCUCUAAGGCAGGCUAUGAGAUGAAUUUUAAUCAGGAUUUUACUUCCAUUUCGGUCCUGAGCAAUGAUGGCUUUCGCCUCUAUUCGAUCAAUGCCAGCGAUAAAAUUGAUGAAAUUUUCGCCAAAGAAAACACCGAACAGAUACGAAUUGUUGAACGCCUCUUCAAUAGCUCCCUGGUAGUGCUGGUCACUCACCAAAAACCCAAUUGUUUGAAAAUGUUACAUUUCAAAAAGAAACAGGACAUCUGCAAUUGUGUCUACCCAUCGGACAUCCUGUGUGUGCGAAUGAAUCGCUAUCGCUUGGUCGUCUGCUUGGCCGAAAGUAUUCACAUUCACGACAUUCGCGAUAUGAAAAUUUUACAUUCCAUUGAGAACAUUGCCCCCAAUGAGUUGGGUCUGUGUUCGUUGUCGUUAAAUUCGCAUUUGGCAUUUCCCAUCUGCACCACCAGUGGAGAGUUGCGAAUUUUCAAUGCCAAUAAACUGAAAACGGGACUGACCAUUAAGGCUCACGACACAGCUCUCUCGGCCAUGGCAUUUUCACCCAGUGGUACACUCUUGGCUACCGCCUCCGAGCGUGGAACUGUGAUACGGGUAUUUUGUGUUAAGAAUGGCCAGAAGGUUCAGGAAUUCCGACGUGGGGUGAAACGUUGUGUACGCAUUGCAUCGCUGGUGUUUUCCACAACAGGGGACUUUUUGUGUGCCUCCUCGAAUACGGAGACGGUGCACAUUUUUAAGAUUGACACCAAGGCCGUGGAGGCGGCGGAACGCAAGGCUUCAAUUGAUGAUUCCAAAAAAUCCACGGCAAAUGGUACAUCAUCACCACCCUCCUCUACCACAGGCACCACAUCCGCCACUUCGGCAACAAGUACAAAUACGGAAAAUUCCUCUGCGACUCCUCCCUCCACAAAACAGCAUCAGCAAUCACAACAACAACACCAACCUGCCUCUACUUCAAGUACCACAAAUGCCGUAUCUAAUCCCGCCACAAACCCUGCCUCCAUUUCCUCAGCUUCCAGUAAUUCCUGGUCCAUGAGUGGUUAUAUUUCUAAGGCCAUGUCUUCAUAUUUAAUACCCUCACAAAUUGGUGAUGUCUUGAGUCAAGAUCGGGCCUUUGCCACAGCUGUAUUGGGUCAACCUGGCCUUAAACAUGUCUGUGGCCUGGCACGCAUACAAAAGGAGCUGCGUCUCCUGCUGGCCUGUGAAGACGGAUUCCUUUACAUACAUGAGUUCAACAGUGAAAAGGGUGGACCAUGUAAGCUGCUGCAUGUUCAUGAUUUGCGUUAUACCUUGGAGGGUGUGAUAGAACUCAAUCUCUCCGACAGCAUGGACAAAAUUUCCUUUUCCGGAAAUUUACCCUCCACACCAACAAGUAACCCUUCCUCAGGUUUCUCAGCGGAUGCUGUCUCACCUUCUGCUGCAGGCGGUGUUUCACCACAUUCCAAGGACUCUGCCUCAUCGUCGCCUCACAGCAAAUCCAGUUCUAUGAGCAGUGUUAGCGUUAUAAUUGAAAAUCCCGAUCCCUCAACUGACAAUUCAUAUGCCAGCAUAUUAAAGGGUACCGAACCUGGGCUGAAUACUCUUACAGCAGAUUCGGCGAAAUUUCGAAAACUUUGUGAUGCCAUUGACACACCUACUAAAUUGUAUGAUGAGCGACAAUUUCCCCCUGUAGCCAUAGCGGCCAAAGAUUGACCGAAAACGGUAGCAACAACAACAACUGCAACAACAAGCCUAGCUAAAAUGCAACGUUUAAAAUGAUUGCUGCUUAUUAGAAUAGGAAGUCUUCUAUAAAUUGAUGAUGAUGAUGGUUUGAAUCAUGGCUAUUGUUUUAUUUAUUAUAACCAAUUUAUUUUUGUUAAAAUAAAAAAAUCGAAAAAAAAAAUAUUAAAAUUUUCAAGUAUCUCCAACAAAAAAACUUAAAAAUGUAAAAAGCCCUACAUUAAAAAAAAAAAUAUGAAGCAUACUUAACCAUAGACUUUGUCGAUACUAUGUAUAUGUAUUUCUUAACUCUUAUAUUUAGCAUUUAUUUAAACGAAUAUAUUUAUGAUUUUAUUUAAAUAAUCCAUAUUUUUAGAUAUUUUAUCAAUAUAACUGCUCUAAAACAUUUUAUGACAAAUAAAGUUCAAAUUAGUUGCAAUUUAGAAAUUAAAUUAAAAAAAAAAAUACUCUCAUCUCUAAUUUUUCAUAAUUAAAAAAUAAAUAUGACAAAUAAAAAAAUAUUAUAUUAAGUGUAAAAUAAAUAGGAAAAGGGACUAGAAAAAAUACUAAAAAAUAUAAAUUUUAAAAAUGUAAAAAAAAAAUAUUGAACUAUUUUGUGUACUAAAGAGAACUCUUCUUUAUAGAAAAAUAUUAAUAAUAAUAAAAUGGCCUUUAGCCUAUAAAGGUAUUAUUGAAACAAAAUAUUCAAAUUAAACUAUCAGAAUUUUGUUACUUCUAAUUUUCAAAAAUAUGUAUUCGAAAUUUCCCUUUAUUAAAAACCACAUAAAACCCCCUCUUAACUUUGUGACAGUCAAAUUUAAAAUCAAAAUAUGCAAAUGAAACUAUCACAAAAAUAUCCGAAAUUUCCUAUUUCUCUCCGAACCACAUAAAACCCCCUUAACAAUCCCUUCUGUAAGUCCAAAUUUAACAUCAAAAUAUCCAACAGAAACUACACCAAAUUUGUUCCUUCUAAUUUCCAAAAAUAUAUAUUCCAAAAAUAUAUAUUCGAAAUUUAUUUUUUUUCCCAAAACCCUCUUAACUUUGUAACAAUCCCCUUCUGUAAAUUUAAAUUUAAAAUCAAAAUAUCCCAAUGAAACUAUCACAAUGUUUUUCCUUCUAAUUUCCAAAAAAAAAAAUAUAUAUUCGAAAUUCCCCUUUUCUCUCAGAACCACAUAAAACCCCAAAUCCAAAUUUAAAAUUAAAAUAUCCAAAUGGAACUACCACAAUUUGAAUCCUUCUAAUCUUCAAAAAAAAAAAAAAAUCGAAAUUCCCUUUUUCCUCCACAAUUGUGACAAUCCCCCUCUGUAAAUCAAAAUUUAAAAUCAAAAUAUCCAAAUGGAACUACCAACUUAAAAAAAAUAUUUUUAACAAAUCCACGUUGUUUUUAAGACCUCAAAAAAUAUUUUUCAAAAACCAGGUUGCUUUUAAGAGCUCAAAAAAAUAUUUUUAAAAAAACCACGUUGCUUUAUAGGACUUUAAAAAAUAUUUUUAAAACAUCCACGUUGGUUUAUAGAACUUCAAAAAAUAUUUAAAAAAAAUCCACGUUGCUUUAUAGGACUUUAAAAAAUAUUUUUAAAAAAAAUCACGUUGGUUUAUAGAACUUCAAAAAAUAUUUAAAAAAAAUCCACGUUUAUUGUUGGUCCUUAAAAAAUAUUUUUUAAAAAAUCCACGUUUAUUGUUGGUCCUUAAAAAAAUAUUUUUUAAAAAAUUCCACGUUUAUUGUUGGUCUUUAAAAAAUAUUUUUUAAAAAAUCCACAUUUAUUGUUGGUUCUUAAAAAAUAUUUUUUAAAAAAUCAACGUUUAUUGAUGGUCCUUAAAAAAUAUUUCUAAAAAAUCCACAUUUAUUGUUGGUCCUUAAAAAAUAUUUUUUAAAAAAUCCAAGUUUAUUGUUGGUCCUUAAAAAUAUUUUUUAAAAAAUCCAAGUUUAUUGUUGGUCCUUAAAAAUAUUUUUUAAAAAAUCCACGUUUAUUGUUGGUCCUUAAAAAAUAUUUUUUUAAAAAAUCCCCGUUUAUUGUUGGUCCUUAAAAAAUAUUUUUUAAAAAAUCCACUUUUAUUCUUGGUCCUUAAAAAUAUUUUUUAAAAAAUCCACGUUUAUUGUUGGUCUUUAAAAAAUAUUUUUUAAAAAAUCUACGUUUAUUGUGGUCCUUAAAAAUAUUUUUAAAAAAUCUACGUUUAUUGUUGGUCUUUAAAAAAUAUUUUUUAAAAAAUCCACGUUUAUUGUUGGUUCUUAAAAAAAUAUUUUUUAGAAAAUCAACGUUCAUUGUUGGUCCUUAAAAAAUAUUUUUUAAAAAAUCCACGUUUAUUGUUGGUCCUUAAAAAAUAUUUUUUAAAAAAUCCACGUUUAUUGUUGGUCUUUAAAAAAUAUUUUUUAAAAAAUCUACGUUUAUUGUUGGUCCUUAAAAAAUAUUUUUUAAAAAAUCAACGUUUAUGGUUGGUCCUUAAAAAAUAUUUUUUUUUAAAAUCAACGUUUAUUGUUGGUCCUUAAAAAAUAUUUUUUAAAAAAUCCACCUUUAUUGUUGGUCUUUAAAAAAUAUUUUUUAAAAAAUCAACGUUUUUUGUUGGUCCUUAAAAAUAUUUUUUAAAAAAUCCACAUUUAUUGUUGGUCCUUAAAAAAUAUUUUUUAAGAAAUCCAAUCCUCUUUUCAGCAAUCCUUUUCCUCUCUCUCUCUCUCUCUUUCCAGUUCCAUUUCGGUCCUGUGCAAUGAUGGCUUUCGCCUCUUCUAAUUUAUCAAAAAUACAUUCAAAAUUUCCUUUUUUUCUUCGAACCACAUAAAACUUCCUUAACCUUGUGACAAUCCCGCUAUGUAAAUUCAAAGUUAAAAUCAGAAUAUCCAACUGAAAGAUAAAAAGAAAAAGAAAAAUAAAUAAUAAUAAAAUAAAUAAAUAAAAUAAAAUUCCCUUUUUCCACCAACAAAAAACCCCUUACUAAACCCCCCUUAACUUUGUGACAAUCCAUCAACCCCCUCCCUCUCUCUCUGUAAAUUCAAAUUUAAAACCAUUCCAUUUUUUUUUUUUUUGAAAUUCACAGAUGUUUCUUUUAUUAUAAAUGUGAUUAGCUAUAGAGAUUUUAUUCUUUCCAUUGGAAUCUAAUGUCAAUGUACCUUAUUAAAAUUAAAAAAAAAAACACAUUUUGAAAAUCACAAUAGACGCUACACAUGUGUAUAUGUAUGACUUGUAUAUUCCAAUUAGUUUUAAUUUUUAAGCAAACUGUGUGAACCAACAAAACUACAUAAAAACAAGAACAACAACAACAAAUAAAUGCAAUACAUCGAUAUGUAUCUCAUGAAGGACAAAACGAAAAGAAGAAAAGAAAAUAA